CAUCACAAACUAAACAAAAAAAAAGAGGCCACUUUUUUUUUAAAUAGAGUUGAUGAGGAUAACGAAGAAUUUGGAUAAACCCACCAUAACUCGCAAAAAUAAUUAUUUACAAUAUUUGCCUUUAUUAUUUAAGGUUAGAACACAAACGCGCAUGCGGGGCAAAUUUUAUCUUGCUAUUUUAUGGGACGCAAAAGUGUGCGUCCGGGCGUCGUCCGGUAAAAAUCUACUGACAAUCUGAACGGCUGGGUAAAUUUUACCCAAAGCAAUCUGAACGGUCAGAACGCGCUCGGGCGACACCCGACGUUCAAUCUGAACGCAGCCCAGGUGAUGCAUCAUCAAAUUACCCAUUAUCAGGCAACCUAUCAACUUUAGGAACCUUGGCUCAUACCGUACCGCUCCGUGGAGUGCAAGGCCGAACUCAGCCUUGAGGUUUUGUGCAAAAUCGAGACUCCAAAAAAAUUGUACGGGUUCGUAUUGUGUUGGAAUAAACAGUUCGAACAAACCUUAGAUAACAUAACCAAAAAAAAUCAUAUUUAUUAUUUAUUUACAUAAAUCCUGCACUUUUCACUUUUGUGUUUUUAAUAAUAUUUUUCUCGAAAAUCAUCAAUUACCUAACUAUGUCAAGUCGUGCGUUUUCUCGUAAAACCAUAAAAUCUCUCUUCACAAUCCAACAAAAAAUUUGGUACUCGUCAGCCCUUCCGAAGUGCAAGGGAAAACAGGAAAGUGGUUCUUUACUCAUAAGUUGCAAACGUAAGGAGUAUGAUCAUUAUUCAGGUACAUAUUAUGAUAAAUUAGAGGAAAUACCGUUGGCCUCAAAGGGCUGGACAAACAAUAAAGCCAGACAUGAUCAUUUUACUGUUUACCCAUUGCCCGACAAUAUAGAAGAAAGGCAUUCAUUCACAGAGUAUGGCAUUAAUAGACAAAUUAUUGAUGAACUAAAGAAUUAUGGUAUUAAAAAUGCUACAGAGUUUCAGCAUAGAGCUAUUCCUACAAUACAACAAGGCCAUCAUACAUUAUUAGCAGCUGAAACUGGUUGUGGUAAAACAAUUUCAUAUCUCGUACCGAUAAUUCAAAAACUAGUACAAACUGAGCAACCUAAAGCCUUAAAUACACCGAAAGUGGUUGUUUUAGUACCUAACAGAGAAUUGGCAUAUCAAAUUGGAGAUAUGGCAGCAAAAUUAGGGCAACCUUUGGGAUUAAGCAUUAAAACUAUAGUAGGCGGAAGAAUAAAACGUAACAUGGAAAAUCCUACAUUUGAAGAGGUAGAUAUUAUUGUGGCAACAACAGGAGCUUUGAGUAAAUUAUCUACUGUAGGGAUUUAUAAAUUAGGAGAAGUUCAAAGUUUAGUACUAGAUGAAGCAGAUACUCUUAUGGAUGAUUCAUUUCAAGAAAAACUUGAAAUUUUAAUCAAAAGAAUGUCUCAGGCCCAACUAGUGCUUGUUUCAGCUACAUUACCAAAAAAAGUAUCUGACAUUUUGGUACCCUAUGCAGACAAUAUGCAGCAAGUUCUCUCGCCUAGACUCCACAAGCCUUUAUUGAAUAUCACACAAAAAUUCUUUAGGAUUACUAAAUCCCUAAAACCAACUAGUUUGUUGAAAACCGUCAAAACUAACAAACAUCCUAUGCUAGUUUUUGUUAAUAGAAAUGAAACCUGCAAAUGGCUUGCAAUGUAUUUAAGGGAAAAUGGAGUGCCUUGCGCUAAUCUUAGUGGCGAUAUGAAUUUUGCUAUAAGAAUAGAACAAUGGAAUCAAUUUGUAAAGGGUGAAACAAACAUUUUAGCUGCAACAGAUAUAGGCUCAAGAGGCCUAAACACAAUUCAAGUAAGGCAUGUAUUAAAUUAUGACUUCCCUUUAUAUGCUGCCGAUUAUAUUCAUAGAAUAGGUAGAGUGGGUAGAUUAGGGAGUCAUGAAGAUUGUUUAGUGACAAAUUUUAUAACAAACAAUGAGAUGGAAAUUAAACUUUUGCAACAAAUAGAACUGAGCAUUCGAAAAAAUCAGCCUCUUACAAAUGUGGACGGAAAUAUCACUAAGUUAUUGCAGCAGAAAAUCAUGAGGCAAACCGAUGACAGAGCACGGAAACAACUUUUGAAGGGCACCUAAAAUGGAUUUUAGAUUAUUUAGUAUAUCCUAUUCACAAUCCUAUGUCCACAGGUACAGGUAAAUUUAUCACCUUUCCCUAUCAAAUAGCAUUGAUAGGUGAUAAAUUUUACCUGUACCUGUGGACAUCGGAUUGUGAAUGGAUAAUGGGUAUAUAUUUCCGUAUAUACCAUACCUACUAAGUUUAAAUAAAAUAUUAUUAACAAUUAAAAACUACAGAUGUAUAGAGCUAUUCAAAAAGAAUAAACUGGUUUUUAUGAUACAA